AAACAUCUGAGGCUGGUGCAAUAAGGAAGUGGGCUCACCUUCCUGCAGCAGACCGCAGAGGUGAGGGAGUGGCCAUCACCUGCCACACUCUUUCCCAACCAACACACUAAGACACUGUGGGGCCUGCUCUCCUCGUGUGGAAUAACACUUUCUGUCAGGCUGUAAACGCUGGAGGAAUCCAACUAUAAUCAGGAUGUUGUGGAUAUGAUGGUGACAACCCAACCGUGACAAUGUACGAGGUGAUGUCCGGAGAUACCCUGUCCUGGAAGGUGCCCAGUCCCAGACAAAGCACCGUUGAGUCCAGCCCAGAGUCGCACUUCACGGGGGACGGAGGACCCACCAAGAUCCUCAAAGUUUGCUUCUGCAUCAACAACAACCUGGGCAAGAACUUCAAGCUGGUGAAAUGUGACAGCUCCUGGCAAAUCAGGGCGAUCAUUCGUUCGAUUCUGGUGAGCGGCCGUCUUGGUCCGAACAUCACUCAUAUAGCAUGUUACGGCCUCCUGCUGAAACACUUGAAGUCUGAGGAACUUCACUGGCUGCAUCCUGAUCUGACUGUUGGGGAGGUAGAGCAGCGCUACGAGAACAAUCAUGCGGAGGCAGAGUGGAGGUAUGACCUUCGAAUCAGAUACAUUCCUGUUAAUUUCCUGGAAAAAUUCCAAGAUGACAGAUCUACUUUGAUUUAUUUUUACCAACAGGUGCGUAGUGACUAUAUGCAGUAUCAUGCCAGUAAAGUGAGUGAUGGGAUGGCUCUGCAGCUCGGCUGUUUGGAGAUCAGGAGGUUUUAUAAAGACAUGAAUGCGAAAGGUCUAGAAAAGAAGUCUAACUUUGAGCUGCUAGAAAAAGAAGUUGGACUGGACCUUUUCUUUCCUCAACAGCUGAUUAACAGCAUGAAGCCAAAGCAGCUACGGAAGCUGAUCCAGCAAACGUUUCAGCAGUUUGCGACCCUCAAGGAGGACGACUGCAUGGUCAAGUUUUACGAGACCCUGAAAGAGUUUGUCAGCUAUGACGAAGAGGUUUUCCCAUGUGAACUAGUGCAAGGCUGGAGUCUGUCAGUGGAGCUGGUCGUCGGUGGGAGAGGAAUUCGCCAGCGCACGCAGAAGGAUGCAGCGGCCGUGUUUCUUGCCGACUUCAAACAGAUCAAGUCAGUUCAAUGUAUAUCUCAGGGAGACGGCAAAGCUCUCCUGAACUUCGACAUAGAGGGGGCCCGACAGCGACUAUCGAUCAACGUGGCCACGGUCCCUAUGGCAGAGAACAUGAUAGACCUUAUUGAUGGGUACUGCCGCUUGGAAAGUGGCACAGAUGAGUCUGUUAUAUCCAGACCAGGUAAAGAUGCUAAUUCAGGUCCCCUGCCUGAGAUUCCUACAGGCAGAGACAGAGACUCGGCGAGAUACAGUAUGGGGUCAGAUAUCUACUGUGAGAUCCUCGAUGAAAGGCCGAAAUCAGUAGUGAAGUAUGGGAUUGACCGAAAUGACAUCGUUCUCGGACGAAUUCUCGGUGAGGGGUUUUUCGGGGAAGUCUACGACGGCGUUUACAAGAAGAAUAAUGUAGAGAGGAUCAAUGUUGCAGUGAAAACCUGUAAAGACUGUUCACCCGAUGUGAUGGAGAAGUUCAUGAGUGAAGCGGUAAUAAUGAAGAACCUGCAACAUCCUCACAUCGUCAAACUGAUCGGAAUCAUCGAGGAGGAUCCUGUGUGGAUCGUCAUGGAGCUCUAUCAGUACGGAGAGCUGGGAAACUACCUGACUCAGAAGGAGAACGAUCUGACAAACAUGACCCUGGUGCUGUUCAGUCUGCAGAUCUGCAAAGCCCUGGUCUACCUCUCAGGGGUCAAUGUGGUUCACAGUCUUGUCACAGAAUUUGCCGUGUGUGUGUGGGAGAUAAUGAGUCGCGGGCAGCAGCCGUUUUUCUGGCUGGAGAACAGAGACGUGAUCAACCAACUGGAGCAGGGCAUCAGGCUGCCCAAACCCGAGAACUGCCCCCCUGCCCUCUACUCACUCAUGACCCGCUGCUGGUCCUACGACCCCGGAGAGAGACCCAGCUUCACCGAGCUGGUCGUCAAGAUCAGUGAUGUCCACAAGAUGGUGAAGGAGCAGGAAGUGGAGAGAGAGAGGGAACGAGCGCGCUCCACAAAAUAUUUUGACCCUAAGUUCAUGUUAAAUGAGCCUCCACCCAAGCCCACGAGAAUGAAACCAGGACGGUUUGGGAACACGCUCAGUAUCGGUCUGCACAUUCAGCUGAAUGAGGCCUUAUGUGCCAGCUCGCCUGAUCUGGCGAGUCCGUGUGAAUAUCAGUCCCCCGUCGACUCCAUGAACACUCUGACGCUGCCGGUCAGGUCCCCUCGCCGUCGCAGCAUGGGGGAGAACGAGUUUCCCCGUUUGGAACCAAACAGCAAGGAGGACGCCCAGCGCCUGUGGCAGAGGGAGAAGAGGAGCAUGCAUGACACCCUCCGCCAGCAGAAAGCGCAGAUGAUGGAGGAUGAAGUGUGGCUGCAGAAAAAGGAGAAACUCCUGGACCCCAUGGGACCAGAUGAUCCCACCAGCCCAGCGUAUGUUGAAGAGGACACAUCAAAUGCACCGCCAGAGAAGCCCCCACGGCUCACAGCGCAGGCUGCGCCCACGGCUGAACUGGACCGCUCUGAUGACAAAGUGUAUAAAUCCGUCAUGGACGUGGUCAAAGUUGUCGUUCAACUCAAGAAUGACAUCACUGAACUGGGGUCAGAUGAAUACAUCACCAUUGUCAAGUCAGCAGGGAUGGCUUUACGAGAUCUGAUUGGCAGUGUGGAUGACAUACUGCCCACCCUACACGAGUCUAACAGGACUGAGAUCGAGGGCACCCAGAAGCUGCUGAACAACGACAUGGCGGAGCUGAUCAGUAAGAUGCGUCUGGCCCAGCAGAACGCCAUCACCUCUUUGAAGGAGGAGUGUAAGAAACAGUUGCUGGCUGCAGCACACACUCUGGCUAUGGACAGCAAGAACAUGUUGGAUGCCGUGGACCAGGCAAGAGUCAGGGCCAACUUAGCCAAGCCAGUGGCCCCCUAGUGGACUGUAAAACCUUCUCGUUCAGUUUAAAUCAGACUCUCUUUUAACCUGUCAGACAUUUGCACACAGUCAAACAUUUCCUUUUUGAUGAAAUCUGCCUUUCGCAGUUCUCUCAUUCAUCAUGCUGUAAAUGUAUGUUGUUGAAUUUAAAUGUAUAGUGGUAGAACGUGGGCUAACUUUGAGUGUAUAUAUUGAAAUGGGUGAUUUAUAGGGUAGUCUACAGGCGCUAUAUUUUGGAUACGUUAUUUUAAACUAUAAUUGUUUGUGUCUGGUGAGUUAUUGAUUUAAUUGCUCGCUCAGAAAUUGAAACAUCCUUGUAAAUAUAAAACACGUCUUCUGAAAUAUACUGUAGUUUUUAAUGUUUUACUCUUUUAAAGAUAGAUGUUAAUAGCUGCAUGUGUGAAGAGUAAAGAUAAAGAGACAAAAGGUUUGUCAGCUCGAUGUGUCUCGACUCAUCAUUUUGAAAUCAUGAGCAUUUUAUAUAUAUAUAUAUAUAUAUAUGUAAAUUAUGUUGAAGACUUGAAUAAUGAUUUGUCAAAUGAACAUUAUGCUCAACUUGAAAUAUCAAGUCUUAAUAUUACACCAUUAAAACAUAUCAGAAAAU